AUAAAGUUGUAUCACCAAAUAUUGCAUUUCAUGCGAAAAACGUGAAAAAUAACAAUCCCACUGCUGGCUAUACCAUUGUAUUCCCUGACAUUCUCCUUAACCUUGGAGACAGUUACAACACUGACACUGGAGUAUUUACUGUUCCACUUGGAGGCAUUUAUUUGUUUACUGUUCAAUUAUGUUAUGAUCAAAGUAAAUAUAUUGAUACUGGAUUGGUGGUUGAUAACGUUUAUAUGGAUAUUGCACAGUAUCAAGACAACUAUAGCAGUGUUUGCUGUUACAAGUUAACUACAACAGUCUCAGUACAGUCAGGUAACAAAGUUUGGGUUAAGGUGAUAUCUCGAUCGGGAAGCGGUCAGAUUUUACAUCACAGUGACACAUACUAUUGGACAUCAUUCUCCGGAGUUCUUAUUCAUACAGAUUAA